CCUUUGAUGAAAUCUCAAUUAUUAUUGUUUUCUUUUCUUUCUUUUUAUAUAUAACACACUUACUACAUGCGUAUAGAUCCCCUCUCUCUCUCACACACAUGCUCGAACACUAAAAAAGAAAGGAAAAAAAAAAAGGGUUCUUUGUGGCUCAUCAAAGUUUGCCUGAGGCAUCGAAUGAUUUGAAAAGGAAAGGUCAAAUCACAGAAGCUCCCUGGUUUUGAUCUAUUCGCAGCAGGUACCUCACUCAAAAGCCAUAAAAGAGAGAGAGAGAGAGGGAGGGAGGGAGAAGGUGUCCAUAGAAGUAUACUAUAAGAUAUGGUCCUCAUCAAAGUGCAGAACUGAUAGAUAACAACCUCUCAUGAUAUAUACUACACACUCCCACUACCAAUCAAGAAAAACAUGCUACUAGCGCAUGAAUUAACUAGUCAAAGGGGAAGUUGCAGAGAUUUGAGUCUGACAGAGGUCUUUCCUCUUAAGUAGUGAAGAGACUGUUCAAUCCAUAGAUAGAUCAUACAAGAGACAGAUGAUCAUGAAGCACGUGCACACUCAGAUUUCCAUUACAACAGGCUUCGAGUAACAAGAGGUCAUCACUACACUUUCUGUGAAACUCCCAUAUAUUUGAUAAACACUUGGUCUUUGAUGGGCUGAUCAGAAAUUCCACUCUCAUAAAGAAGAUACAAAGACUGCACAUAGUUUUUCGAGAAAACCAAUCCGAUGGCGACAUACUUUCAUGGGAAUCCUGAUUUCCAAGCAGCUGCAGCAUCAGCAGAAGGUCUCCAAACUCUUGUUCUUAUGAACCCUACUUAUGUCCAAUAUUCCAACACCCCUCCACCACCACCUUCCAACAACUUUGUAUUCCUCAACGCCGCUGCUUCUGCUGCUGCUUCCAACAGCCUCUCUCCUCAACCCCACCUCUCGGGCCACGCGCCACCCAACACCCAACAAUUCGUUGGCAUCCCUUUGGACCCUAACUCCCAUGACGCUUCCACUUUGCAUGGACUUAUUCCGCGUAUCCAUUACAAUCUUUACAAUCCAAUUGACCCUCCACCGACCGCGCGUGAUACACCACGCGCUCAGCAAGGUCUGUCUUUGAGCCUCUCCUCACAAAAGCAAGGCUGUUUUGGAUCGCAGGCUCAAACUGUAUCUGGUGAAGAUAUAAGGGUGUCCGGUGGGUCGGUGUCAUCAGGCUCGGGUGUGACAAAUGGGGUUCUGGGUAUGCAAGGGGUGUUGCUGAGCUCAAAGUACUUGAAGGCUGCUCAAGAGCUACUUGAUGAGGUUGUUAGCGUGAAUAAUAAUGAUAUUAAGAGUGAAUUGUCAAAGAGGAGUAAUGGGAUUGGUAGUAACACUAGUAACAAAGUGGUUGGAGAAUCAUUAGCCGGAGAAGGGUCUGGUGGAGGAGAAGUAAGUGGGAAGCGUGGACCGGAGCUUUCCACUGCCGAGAGGCAGGAAAUUCAGAUGAAGAAGGCUAAACUUAUCAGCAUGCUUGAUGAGGUGGAGCAAAGGUACAGGCAGUAUCAUCACCAGAUGCAGAUUGUGAUUUCCUCGUUUGAGCAAGCAGCAGGAAUUGGUUCUGCUAAGACAUAUACAGCCCUUGCGCUGAAAACAAUCUCCAAGCAGUUUAGGUGCUUGAAGGAUGCAAUAACAGGUCAAAUUAAAGCUGCAAACAAAAGCUUAGGUGAAGAGGAUUGCUUGGGAGGAAAGAUUGAAGGUUCAAGGCUCAAAUUUGUCGAUCAUCACCUUAGGCAACAGCGUGCACUUCAGCAGUUGGGAAUGAUCCAGCACAAUGCUUGGAGACCACAGAGAGGAUUGCCUGAAAGAUCAGUUUCACUUCUCCGUGCUUGGCUCUUCGAACACUUUCUCCACCCCUAUCCCAAGGAUUCAGACAAGCACAUGCUCGCAAAACAAACAGGACUCACGAGGAGCCAGGUGUCUAAUUGGUUCAUAAACGCUCGAGUUCGACUUUGGAAGCCGAUGGUAGAAGAAAUGUACACGGAGGAAAUUAAGGAACAAGAACAGGAUGGAUCAGAGGACAAAACAAGCAAGAGUGAUCACAAUGAAGAUUCUGCUUCUCGGUCAGUUCUUCAAGAGAAAGGUUCGGCGAGCGAAAAUCAAACUAGAAAUUUCAAGUCCUUGGACAAUUCACCAGAUGCUCCUUCUGAGAUCUCAAUGCCGACAGCUUCAACAUCUCCUGUUGGAGGAAAUGUCCGAAACCAGUCUGGGUUUUCCUUUAUAGGAUCAUCAGAAUUAGAAGGGAUCACACAAAGGAGCCCGAAGAAACGAAGAAGCAAUGAUUUCAUACAGUCCUCAACUAGUGUGCCAUCCAUAAACAUGGACAUCAAGCCUGGUGAGGCAAAUGAUGAGCAGGUUUCUGUAAAAUUCGGCAGUGAGAGGCAGAGUAGGGAUGGCUACUCAUUCAUGGGAGGUCAAACCAACUUCAUUGGAGGUUUUGGGCAAUACCCAAUUGGUGAAAUUGGGAGGUUUGAUGGCGAGCAGUUUACACCAAGGUUUUCUGGCAAUGGUGUUUCUCUCUCUCUCGGGUUACCACAUUGUGAAAACCUCUCCUUAUCAGGCACUCACCAAACUUUUCUUCCUAACCAAAACAUUCAACUGGGAAGAAGAGUAGAAAUUGGUGAGCCAAAUGAGUUUGGAGCCAUAAACACAUCCACGCCUCACUCUUCAACUGCAUACGAGAGCAUCGACAUUCAGAACCGAAAGAGGUUUUUAGCACAACUGUUGCCAGACUUUGUGGCCUGAUAUAUUAGGAAAAAGAGGUGGAGGCUUCAGGAUCUCUUUUCACUAUUUGUUGCUGUUCCAUCUAUAACUAGGGAACAAUGAAAAUGCAUGGUAGUGUAAAGAAAGAAGAAAACUCACUUUAGUAUAGGUCUACACUUUGAGUUCUUAGACAGCUUAGGAUUUAAGAUUAUAUAGUUGAGAUUGUAUAUUAUUUUUGUAAGUUUUGAAUAUGGAUGAUAGAUGGCUUGGUGUCAUAAGAGUUAGCUAUUGGGGUAUACCAAUAUAGUAUAUUGAUUGUGAGCAAUCCUGAUGUCACUAUGUAUUUCAUCAAAUAAAGACAAGUAUGUAUGAA